GCGGACAGGCAGGAUGCGGCGUUCCGUCGGUCUCCGGCGCGGUCGCUGUGUCAAGACCGACAAGGACACUCAAGUUGAGUCCUACCGUCGUGCGUCGUCAGGCAGUCGUUGCUUCAAGUGUCAGUAACGCAAGUCGAUUGUCAGAAAGGCGUCCGCACGAUACGAGAUGCCAUCAUCCUCCCUGACAGGCAAGGCCAUCCUAAUCACAGGAGGAGGAAGCGGUAUUGGACGCGCCACAGCCCUAAAGCUCGCAAAGCUGGGUGCUCGUCUUGCCAUCACAGACAUUGAUCUCGGCAGUGCAGCAGACACCUACCAGCUCUGCGGAGGCGAUCCGCACUACAGUGGCGUCAUGGACGUCAGCUCCAAAGACGAUGUCGAACUACGCGUCAGCGAGGUAGUAGCUACCUUCGGCCGUUUGGACCACGUCUUCAACUGCGCCGGCAUCAACCCUACAAGCUACCCUCUCACAGACACGACCGACGAGUACUGGGACCAGCUGAUCAACGUGAACUUGAAAGGGACCUACCUCGUCACGCGCGCUACGAUCCCGCACAUCACCACGCCGAGCGGGUCGUAUGUGAAUGUGUCCUCGAUCUGCGGGCUCUAUCCACAGGCCGAGCAAGCCAUUUAUUGCGCGACGAAGCACGGAGUAAUCGGAUUCAGCAAGAGUAUGGCCUUGGAGCUGGGACCAAAAGGCGUGCGAACGAAUGUCGUCGCGCCUGGAUACAUCGACACGCCGACCAAUUCGGGAGUCGUGAAGGGUGGGGAAUACGUGACACAUAUGGAGGAAGGGAACAGUCUCGGUCGGCUCGGGACGCCUGAGGAGAUCGCCGAUGUGGUGGUCUUCUUGAUGAGCGAGGAAGCGAAGUAUGUGAAUGGGAGCGUAGUGGAGAUUCACGCAGGGUUGAAGAUGCUGCAAUGCUAAAAUCGUAACGUACUGCACAGAUCACUCACAAAGUUAGAGCCUUUUUAAAUCACUGAACAUCAAUUGACACGCAUGAAUUGAUUCUGUC